AUCCGGUCGGCGUGCUUUGAUGUCGGGACUCCUCGCCUUGUCUUGGGCUCAAAUGAGCUGUUCGCCGUUGUAGGGAAACAUUAGUCGUCUACCAACCAACCGACCGGCCGGGGGACGCCACAUCUCAACUUUUUUUUUUUUUUUUCUCUCUCUCUCUGUAUGUCGCGGGGGUUUCUGCACUUUGGAGGCGCCCCAGACUGAGGAAUUUAACACAAAAGUCCCUCGACUCUUUUCUUUAUUUACACUUUCUUGUUGUUAUUAUUUCUAUAAAGUGUGAAAUAUCGGCGAGGAGGGGGGGGUUAGCUCAGUAGACAUGCCUCAGCUCAGCAGCGGCGGCGGGGACGACCUGGGAGCGAAUGAUGAGAUGAUAGCGUUCAAAGACGAAGGAGAGCAGGAGGAGAAAAUCCAAGAAAACGCGUUCACGGAGAGAGACCUGGCCGACCUCAAGUCCUCUCUGGUGAACGAGUCGGAAAUAAAUCAAAGUCCGAACGCAGCGGCGGUCCGACGGGGACAGCAGGGCGAGCAGAGGGGCUUCGCAGAGAAACACCGGGAGCAUCUCGACGGCGUGUCGAAGCAGCAAGAUGGAGGCAUGUACAAGACACCGGCGUACCCUGGGUAUCCCUUCCUGAUGCUGCCUGACCCCUACCUCCCCAACAGCUCAGUUUCUCCAUCUUCCAACAAAGUUUCAGUGGUGCAGCAGUCUCACGGGAUGCACCCCCUGACGUCCCUCCUGCCCUACAGCAACGACCACUUCAGCCCGAGUCCUCCACACCUGCCCACAGACAUGAGCCAGAAGACAGGCGUUCACAGGCACCAAUCCCAGGACCUCUCAGGGUACUACUCCCUCCCUCCAGGCGGUGUCGGUCAGAUCACUCCCUCCAUGGGCUGGCAGAGCCAGUCAGUCUAUCCUGCCCUGUCCCCCUGUGGAUUCAGGCAACCGUACUCCUCCAACCUCCCCAGCGCCUCCUCCUACUCCAGGUUCCCUCACUCUUUGAUGCUGGGCCCAUCAGGCAUGCAUCCUACAGGGAUCCCCCACCCAGCCAUAGUGCCCCCUACAGGCAAGCAAGAGCACGAACAGUACGACAGGGGCAUGUACGUGAAGCCGCAGGUGGAGCCCAAGCGGGAGAAGGAGCCCAAGAAGCCAGUCAUCAAGAAACCCCUGAACGCCUUCAUGCUCUACAUGAAGGAGAUGAGGGCGAAGGUCAUCGCCGAGUGCACGUUAAAGGAAAGCGCCGCCAUCAACCAGAUUCUGGGGCGGAGGUGGCAUGCACUGACCCGAGAGGAACAGGCCAAGUACUACGAGUUGGCCAGGAAGGAGAGACAACUCCACAUGCAGCUCUACCCGACCUGGUCUGCCAGGGACAACUACGAGGCGGGCCUUAGCGGGGUCGCAGGGGAAAAGAGUAAAGCUGAUUGGGGCAAGAAGAAGAGGAGAAAAAGGGAGAAGCAGCAGGACUCCAACGCAGAUCCUGGCUCUCCUAAGAAAUGCCGGGCUCGCUUCGGCCUCAACCAACAAACGGACUGGUGCGGUCCUUGCAGGAGGAAAAAGAAGUGCAUUCGCUACCUUCAAGGAGGAGGCUGCCCCAGCCCAACUUCUUCAGAUUUAAGUGCUAUAGACUCUCCCCCCUCCCAUUCCCCCGCCCGCCACCCUCUGUACCAGCACCAGCGCCAACGUCCCCCCUCCCCGGGCUGCUCCCCACCACCCACCUCCCCAACGACACGCCUCCCCUUGUAUCCGCCGACCCACACGCGCUCACACGCACGCUCGCCCCCGGAGCAGUCCGCCGGCAAGCGCUGCGACCUCCGGCAGCCCACAACCAAACACGCCCACACACACCUGGAACUGUCCGGCAAGCAGACGCACAGCUCGGCGAUGGCGCUGUCUGCUGCCAAGGCCGCGGGACUUUCUCUUAAAGUGCUAACAGAGACUCAGUGAUCACUCCAGUCCGCUCACUUCCCUGUUCACCUCAGCUUCCUCUCACAGAGCCGUGAAGGUCACCUUCCUCACCUGCCUUCAUCCUCACAUUUUUCUAUAGCUUUUAUCAAGUUUUAAAAAAAAAAAAAAAAGAAAAAAAAAAAAAAAGAGAGUGACUGAGGUUGGCAGGAUGGUGGGGCCAUCCUUCAGUCCAUGGUAACAGCCAGUAUCUGCCCUGCUGGAUUGUCUGACAGUAAGAUAUUAGCUGCGUGUCAGGUCAGAGGCUGGUUUCUCCGAAGUCUGCGUUUCUAGGCCAAGUACUUCAUUAGCAGGUCAACACGGCUCAGUCCUUCUCAAAGCCUCCGUUCUUUAAUCAAGCAUUCAGGAAAUCUGGACCGAACACGUAACCCCGUCAUAUUUACCAGAUGUGUGGUUCACCAGUCACUUGGAAAUAUAUAACACAUGAUUUGAACCAGUGAAAAGCCACUGCAGGAGGUAAACUCUAAUCAGCCUAGACAUGUCGUUAGUCAGAUGAGUGUCCGAGGUUAGAAAUAUACACACAACUGCUAACCAGUUGUCCAUCAUGUGUUCAUCACAGUUCAUACUGUAAAUUUGGUUAUCAUUAAUUUGGUUAUCCCAGUUCUGUAUUUUGUGGUUGUAUGAGAACAGCUUCCUGGUAAUCAACGGGGAAAUGAUUGAUUUUGGAAGUUGACCAAGAGCAAGUGAACGCAGCAGAGUGUUUGCCCCUGAGGCUAAACUGUCUCCUUUGGAAGAGAAGGCAAAGACUUAGUCUGGAGGGUCCAGCCCCUGAAUUGGUAACGGAAACCCCGCCAGCUCCAGACUGCACAGUUCUGGUUGCACAGAGGCAGACCUGCACUGAAGGUUGAAUUAUAAGCUGGAGACUAUGAAAAAACAAACGGUUCCCUGGCUCCUUCUGCUGCAGUUAAAUUCUGCUAAAGUGAGAAGUUUCACCUCGAGGACGGCUCUGCCUCUAAGAAAUCAUUUUACGAGUAACUCAUUAGCCCCUUGGUGCUUUUUUUUUUUUUUGUCUGUUUUUUGUUUGUAUGUUUUACAGCUGACCCUGUGCUUUGACCUCCAUGACAAUCAUAAAAUGUUUUGCAAAUGAGCUCUUAAUUGAAUGAACCACAUCAACACAGACCUAAAAAUGCCAGAUUUACCCUCCAGAGAGCAGUUGAGCAGUAGGAGCUAAUUUAGCAUCAAGGUGAGAGGGUUGUUGCAGAAGUAUCACAGUUUUGUUUUCCCUCCACAGCCAUAGUCAUAAAGGAGAUGCCAUCAUAUUAUCCUCCAACAUAUCACCAUCACAGCAAUCACUUUAACACAUUACUCGCCCAAACCAUUAAACCACAAGAGGGGAGUAGAGACCAACAACCAGCCAGCCUGACCAGCAGAACCUCAGCUCUGAAGAGGGACAGAUUCACUUUUAU